AUGAUCUCCUACCUGGCCACCGCUGCACACAACGUCAUUGCCUGCGACUCGACCCUGAUGCCACCACCCCGGGAAUCAUCAUCAUCAUCAUCAUCAUCAUCAUCAUCAUCAUCAUCAAAGACCCGAGACGGGCCGCCCACUCCACCACGAAGCCCCGAACCCCGGGCCGUCUCCAGCACCGACGAUGCGCUGCCCACGCUGGAAGAGUUCAUCACCCAGCUGGUCGUCUCCUCCAAUGUCCAGGUCCCAACCCUCAUGUCGACCCUGGUCUACCUCAACCGCCUCAAGUCCAAGCUGCAGCCCAUGGCCCGCGGCCUGCGAUGCACCACCCACCGCAUCUUCCUGGCCGCCCUGAUCCUCGCUGCCAAGUACCUCAACGACAGCUCACCCAAGAACAAGCACUGGGCCAACUACACCCACAUGAACACCGCCGACUACACCUUUGGCUUCACCCGCACCGAGGUCAACCUGAUGGAGAAGCAGCUGCUGUUCCUGCUCGAGUGGGAGCUGAGAAUCACUGAGCACGACCUGUACGCCGAGCUGGACGUCUUCCUGGAGCCCGCGCGCAUCAAGAUUGCCGAGCGCUACGCCCGCAAGCUUCGCCACCGCGAAGAGAAGAAGCGACAGCAGGAGAUGUUCCACGCCGCUGCCCACGCCGCGGCCAGAUAUCCCAGCCCGGUUUCGUCUCGUGGCCCAUCACGAUCCCGACAUGCCAGCCCCGAUCACUACCGCACCACCAGCAAUGGCUGCAUCACUCCCCCCGGCCUGGUCUACAGCUCAGCCAGCUCCUAUGCUUCGUCCAUCUCCAGCCGACAGCACUCCCGAUCCACCACGCCGCUGGAGUCGGAUCCUUCUCCCUACCUGUAUGGCACCAGCCAGAGCAGCCUCUACGACUCCCCCGUGGAGAUUGUCAUGGACAAGGAAGAGCCCAAGGCGCAGGCACCGAGCGUACGCGCUCUGCCUUACGACAUCACCAUCUCUGCGGAGCAAUACGAGCAGCUCAGCGAAGCCACCACCAAGAAGCGGCACCGACGCGGCGUGUGGGGCCGUCUCCUCGGCGGUGCCAGCGCCAGCGCCAUCAGCGUCCGAUAG